AUGGCUAAGAGAGCAUUGUUGAUAGGAAUCAACUAUCCAGGCACCACGGAGGAGCUACAAGGCUGCGUCAACGACGUCCGUCGGAUGCAUAAGUGCCUCCUUGAGCGGUUCGGAUUCGCUGAGGAAGACAUCACGGUGCUGAUCGACACCGACGAAUCUUACACUCAACCCACCGGAAAGAACAUCCGCCAGGCUUUGUCUGAGCUCAUAAGGCCAGCAAAAUCCGGUGACGUGUUAUUCGUUCAUUACAGUGGACACGGUACAAGAGUCCCACCGGAAACAGGGGAAGAGGAUGAUACAGGUUUUGAUGAGUGUAUCGUUCCUUCCGACUUAAACCCAAUCCCUGAUGAUGAUUUCAGGGAUUUAGUGGAACAAGUUCCGGAGGGAUGUCAGAUAACGAUCGUAUCAGACUCUUGUCACAGCGGCGGACUCAUCGACGAAGCUAAGGAACAGAUCGGAGAGAGUACCACGGCGAAGCCAGAUCGAGAACCACAAGUUUCCUCUUUGGGAUUCGAGAUGUGGAACUGUUUGCAUGGCGUUUUUGUGAAAUUGCUUGCGUUUUUUGGAAUUGGAAGUUCUCACCUAGAAACGCAAGAGCUCGAAGAAGUAGGAGAGAGAGAUGGAGUCGUCAAAUCAAGGUAUCUGCCGUUGGAGAGGUUUAUCGCACUUCUCAAACAACAGACUGGACAAGACAGUAUCGAGAUUGGGAAAAUCAGACCGACCCUUUUCGAUGCCUUUGGUGAAGAUUCGAGCCCGAAGAUAAAGAAGUUCAUGAAAGUGAUUCUCACCAAGCUAAGGGAAGGUAAUGAUCAAAGUACGUUACUUUGUCAAAUCGAAGAAAGUGCUCGAAGGUAUAUAGAAGAGAAGCUGAACGAUGAACACUACGUGAAAACCGCAAUGCAGGCACAAGUGGAGAGCGAUCGUGAGAUUUACGGAGGAGGAUCAGGUAACGGAUUGUAUCCAGACCGAGGGAUUCUGUUGAGUGGAUGUCAAACAGAUGAGACAUCAGCAGAUGUUAAGAAGAGAGGAGAAGCAUUUGGAGCGUUUAGUAACGCUGUCCAAAUGGUUUUGUCGGAGACUAAUAAAGAUAAGAUUACGAACAAGGAAAUGGUAUUGAGGGUGAGAGAGAUUCUAAAGAAACAGAAGUUUACUCAGAGACCGGGAUUGUACUGUAAUGACCGUUUUGUGAAUGCUCCGUUUAUAUGCUAAGUAUGGUGUGUUGACUGAUUCGAGAUUCUUCUUUCACCCAAAAUUAGUUUGUGGAUUUUAGUGAACAUGGUUAAGUAUGUAUGAAAUCUUAUGAAGUAAUUCUUGACUUUUUUUUGUUUUCUU